AUGUCUGACGUUAUACGUAAAGUUUUUCUGGGUCUUGUUCUCUCACUAGCGUCCGUUGGUGUAGGAUAUCAGGUUGGCGCGUUAACAACACGCGUCAAGUCGAAUCCGAAUCUUAAAGAGGAAUUGAAAGAAAGUCCUCCAGCGAUUGAAGAGGAGGAGGUUGACGAACAAGCCAUAUCCGAUGGAGAUCUCAAAUGCCCAAUCGGCUUCAUGGAACCUUGCAAAUUGGUACUCGUUGUUCGUACAGACCUUAAGUUGACCCCAGCCAGCAUCGCUACUCAGUUGAAUGCUGGUGCGCGCCUACCUACUCUUUUAGAGCUGAGGAAUAACACAUUUUCUAGCCAUGCAACAUUAGCAUGCUAUAAAGCUCUCAGCAAGAAGAAUUCAUCCCUUGCGUAUCAAUGGGAGGUUUUAGGACAGGCCAAAAUUGCUCUCAAAGCUAAAUCAGAAGACCAGCUGCUAGAAUUGGAGGCGAUUGCAAAAAGUUUGAACCUUUGUGCACGAUAUGUAACAGAUCCCGAGAGAGAUAAUGAACGCAGUAUAUUGGGAAUAGGGCCAGGUCCAGUUGGACUUAUAAACGAGGUUACUGGGAAACUGCGCCUUCUAUAA